AUGUAUGGAGGCAUGAUUAAAUUUGGCAUUGGAAUGCUUGACCAGACGUUUUCGCUCAAAACAAAAUGGACAACUGACCAGAUCCAUAAUCUAGUUCUCUCGCCUGACCAUGUGCAAGUUGUGCAGUUAAAUAACAUCAAUUUGCAAACUAUUGUUGCUGACUCCAAACAUGGCACCUCGGAAAGGCCAUGCCAUCAAAAGUACUGUGAUAUCGAUGUGGUAGUUAUAGGGACACGCAUUCCCUAUAACCUGGAAAAACAUUCAGUUAUAUUGUUAGAGUAUUUUGCAAGAUUCCAUCGUGAAUACACAGAAGGCAAGCUUCCAGAAUGGACAAUAACAAAGUUUAAACUGCAGAAUUUCCAAGCUGUCCAACGAAGAUAAAGAAACUUACUUGUAUGUUAACAGUAGCACAGAAGUUUAUUUUUGAACUGUGUAAACAAAAAUCAAAGGAACAUAAUUUAUUAGCUAUAACCUCUUGAUAUUUGUAAAUAAAGUGUGUAUAUGAUAUAUAUAUAUAUAUAUAUAUAUAUGUAAGUAAAAUGUACUUCGUAAAGAUUGGAUAGAAUGAUGAUUAAAGAUAUUCCUGCUAUAACUUUUCUGUGUGCCUUUCGAUGUCAUAACUUUACUAAAUCAUUCUGAGAUUUAGUUGUUUUGUCUUCCUGUCUUUCUCCAUUUCUCUCCACAUAGAAUAAAGUGUCGUCAUCAUCGUUCCACCCCCCCACACCCCUACCCACCCCAUACAUGGAUAUUUCCUUUGUGAGGCUAUUUUGUUUUUUUGUCUUUGUGACUUUAGAUAAAUUGUAAUGUGGGAAGAGAUUCAGAUCAACAAAGGCAAAUACAUUCUUGAAUUUUUU